UGGUUGCUCACGUCGACCGGCUCUCGUUUCUUCUCACCGUCGCUUGCUAAACAUGGUGCUCGAUGCUUAUGCUUCGUCAAACCCUAAUCAGGUACACGAGGACGUUCUUCAGAAAUCUAGAGAUGCGUGCUACAAGGCAAGAGAUGCUUUUUACACUUGUCUGGAGAAGGAAUCUGGUAAGAAACCCACUGAGAUCGCGUCCGUAGGUCUUCUCUACCCUAAAGAGUGUAGCCUUUCCAGAACCGAGUUCGUCAAGAGCUGCCGCUCUUCCUGGGUGAAGCAUUUCGAUAGGGAGUACUGUCGGAACAAGAGAGUUCAAAGGCUGCUUGAUGAUGGAGAUGAGAGGAAAGGUCCAAUGUCACUCCCUCAGCCUUACACUUUCAAGCCUUCUCCUUCUACUUAGAUCCCUUCCUUUCCUGGAAGAGGAAGAUGACUGAGUAAUCCCUUGGUAGCACUUACUGUUCCUGAAGCAUAGGACUCAUUUUCUUUGCCGACCUUUUUUUUUAAUAUCCCUUAAAGUCUUGUCUUUAUUUGAGUUGUGUAAGCCUACAACAUGGGAAUAAUAAAGGUGUGCUUUUGAAGGAACCUGAUUCUUCUUUGCCUAUUAUCUAUUGCUCGCAAUCUGCAAGCAUUUAGUUUACA